UCACAAAAACCGUUUUAAGUGAGGUGGUAGGUAUGAUACCCCCGUCUUUUGUACAGACCAAAAGCUGGGGAGCAGCAUCUCCGACUGUCCGGAUCCAAAUGCUCCUUUUUAACAUCCCACUGGUCGCGCCUGCAGCUUUUGCAGGGCAAACCAGAGAUCAGUGGUGAAGAUCACAUUUUUCAGAUCUCCAUUUUUGUAUAUUUUUUAUACUCUCACACACACGUAUAUAUCUAUAUAUAGAUAUAUAACCAUGGUACUGGGCAAGGUGAGGAGUUUUACAAUAAGCUAUGACUGUCCUAACGAGAACAACAUUCCUGUCUAUGCCAGCGGAGAUUCGGUCUCUGGACGGGUGAUUAUAGAAGUUACUGGGGAAAUUAGGGUGAGAUCUCUUACAAUCCACGGCAGAGGACAGGCGAAAGUACGCUGGACAGAAUCGCGAAAUGCUGGUUCUAAUACUGCCUACACUCAGAACUACACCGAAGAAGUGGAGUAUUUCAACCACAAAGACAUUUUAAUCGGGCACGACAGAGACGACGAUGAUUCGGAAGAAGACCUCACCACUAUCCCUUCAGGCAGACACGAAUACCCAUUCAGCUUUGAGCUUCCACAGAUACCAUUAGCUACCUCGUUUGAAGGCAAGUAUGGCAGUGUGCGCUAUUGGGUGAAGGCUGAACUACACAGACCAUGGAUGCUGGUAAUGAAAGUGAAGAAGGAAUUUACAGUCUUUGAACACAUUGACAUUAACACUCCAUUGUUGUUGUCACCACAGGCAGGCACUAAAGAGAAAACUCUUUGUUGCUGGUUCUGUUCCUCAGGCCCAAUAUCCCUAAGUGCCAAAAUCGAACGCAAGGGCUACACACCAGGUGAAUCAAUUCACAUAUUUGCUGAGAUUGAGAACUGUUCUUCCCGCAUGGUAGUGCCAAAGGCAGCCAUUUACCAAACACAGACUUUCUAUGCCAAAGGGAAAGUGAAAGAAGUUAAACACCUUGUAGCCAACUUGCGAGGAGAGUCAUUGUCAUCUGGUAAAACGGAAAGUUGGAAUGGAAAGCUACUGAAAAUUCCACCGGUUUCACCGUCGAUUGUAGACUGCAGCAUAAUUCACGUGGAAUACUCACUCACGGUCUACGUGGAUAUUCCUGGAGCAAUGAACUUAACUUUGAAUUUACCACUAGUUAUUGGCACCAUUCCCUUGCACCCCUUUGGUAGCCGGACAUCCAGUGUCAGUAGCCAAUGCAGCAUGAAUCUCAACUGGCUGAGUCUCGCAUUGCCUGAGCGACCUGAAGCUCCACCCAGCUAUGCAGAAAUUGUAUCUGAGCAGCAGCGACGAAAUAAUCUGGCUACAACAGCAGUCCGUGAUGAAUUAGAAAGAGUGUUUGAGGGACCAUUGUUUGCCUACAUCCAGGAAUUUAGGUACCAGCCUCCUCCUGUGUAUUCAGAGAUUGACCCUCACCCAGAUCAGUCAAAUCAAAACCGUGAAACAAACAUGUGUUGUUCCACCCGCUGAAGGGCUUUGUGUGGCUGUUGGGCCUCCUCUUUCAUGGUUUGAAACAACAAUGCAUUGCUGCACUGUUGAGGACAGAAGAUUCGAAACGGAAAGCUAUAGCUCAGUGACGUUUUGUGACCGUGAAUAAACAAGAGACAGCCAGUGCGAAUGAAAGCCAGAAUCUAUGUGGCUCGGAGAGCUGCCAUUGCUGCCGGGGAAAAAUAGUUACUUUCCCACGGAGCGUAUGCGAGAGCAGCUGAAGUGGACAGCGACCACAGUUUGGCCUGACUUUUCACACCGUUUUCCUGGGGUCUCAACCUUAACUGAAAUUUGCACAUAUUAUUCAGUGCUUGUGUUACGUUUCAUAUUCCAUUCAGUCGUGAUGAUGGCUGUUUUUUCUUUCCUAAUUUUCAUUUGUGGUGAACUACAGGCAUCAAGUUAGUGAUUUUUAAUUUUUAUUUUUGCCUGGGGUCUGCGUAGUUCGAAGAUCAAGUCAGCAGUGUACAAACCUGAUGGAAUGCACUGAUAUUAUUUAGCCUGGACCGUACCUGCUUUGCACGUGCUCAGUAUUGUCUUCUCAGGCUAGCCUUGUAACACCAAUCCAACUGUGGCUUCUUUACAAACAUCAAAUGCCUUCAAGCCAAUAUUUGUUGCUACUUCUUCAUUUUGCAAUCUACUGUAGUAGAAUAGCAACAGAUCCAAAAAAGUGGAAAAAGACUGCAAAGAGAGACUCUAUUACAUUUCCCUUCCUAGGGAAAUAAUCUGUCUUUCCUAUUUGUUGCAUUUCUACUAUACACAGAGUAUCUUUGUGUUUUUCAGACUGCCUAAAACACACAAAAUCUCAGGUGAAAUUGUCACUUGCCAAAUUGUUGGUAUUCUUUUGUGUUUUGAUUAAAUUGCACUGUUUCAAUAUGAGGGACGAUUGCAAGAUAUGGUUGGACUUUGAAUUCCUUUUCCUCACUGUUGCCUCCGCCAUAUUAUUUCCCUUCUACUUUGCUUCCCUAUUCCCAAUGUAUCAGGUCAACUAUUAGUCAACUGCUUUCCACGCGCACAGAAACCGUCAUUCCUGUCUGGAGGACUUCAUUGAGGGCUGGACACUGUGUUCACCAGGAUCAAAUAGUCAUUGCUGUUGCGAAAGAAAGUCCUUUUCCUCCUAGUUAACCCAGUCAUGGAAGUGAAUGUCUUAUUCCACAAGUGGCCUUUUUGUAAAAAAAAAAAUACAAAUAUGCUAUUCUGUAUGCCAAACUUGGGUACAACACCACCAUGAAAGGAAUUGACUGUUAAUUGAGUUAUAUUUUCUUUCCUGUUUUGCUAAGAGAGGGCAUUGAGGUUCACGGUAUUUUGCGAGUGUCCCUGAUGUACAAGUUGUUUUGUGAGGUAUUUGGCAUUAUAGGGCAUUUGAUGUUUCUAUUUGGAUAACCCUCAUUUCUUUCCAAACUAGGGAUCAACAGUUGCUUAACCAGGUGGGAAACCUGAUUUCCAUAUAAUUAAAGAAAAUUAUCACUUAAAGGGAUUGGUCAAUAUUAAUUCCACAGCCUUUGUUGCUGGCCAAAACAUGGCCAUAGCUGAUGGAGUCUUCUUUUCAUUUCCGAACAUAAGUGUGGGUAUUUGAUUGGGGUUUUCUGCUUCAGAUAUCUGCCUAAUCUGAAUUGCUAUAAUAGUGAUUUUUGAAUAUAACUAUAUAUUUUCUUCAAUAUUGUUUGAUCCCCAACUUAAGAGACAAAGGACUCCACAGUCCAGUAUUCAAUUUAGUUUCCUGAUUUUUAAAAUUAGGAAUAAAUAUUUUAAAAAUCCAAAAUGUUCUAGAAACAAAGUGCAAUAUUUAAAGUUUUUUGUAAGGUUUUUCCUUGAACGUGUACAGACUUUUUUUUUAGUUUGGUGCUGUAAUUAUCUUUGUAGAUUUUGUUAAGGAAACAAGGAUCCAUGUUCUGAAUGGUUUAAUUUUUUUGUUUAGCUGUUCGUGUAUAAAUAAAAUGUUUUCCUAUUG